AUGAACGUGGCAAAUUCCAUUCGACAUAAUUUAUCGUUGCACAAUAGGUUUAUGAGGGUACAGAACGAAGGUACGGGUAAAUCCUCUUGGUGGAUGAUAAAUCCCGAUGCGAAACCUGGAAAAUCAUCCAGACGUAGAGCGACGUCGAUGGAAACGUCGAAAUUUGAAAAAAGGAGGGGAAGAGUUAAAAAAAAAGUCGAAACGCUUAGAAACGGUUUGAUACCCGCGGAUGCAACACCCAGUCCUAGUUCGUCUGUAUCCGAAGGUUUGGACAUGUUUCCAGAUUCUCCGCUUCACUCAAACAACACAGGGUUCCAGCUUAGUCCAGAUUUUAGGCCGAGAGCAUCAUCAAAUGCCAGUUCUUGCGGACGAUUGUCACCGAUACCAUAUUCCGAAUCGGAAUGGAACGGUUCGACAUCUUAUCCAAGCGGUUACGUUUCCGAACAGUUGGCCGGAAACCUCGCGGAAGGUAUGAAACUUCACCACGAAGCAUUCAUAACGGGAGGUUUUAACAAUACCGGAGGACCCCCUCCCCCUCCGCCACCCUAUCAAUCCACGUUCGAUAAUUUCGGUUCGAGGAUAAGUCACGGAACUUCACCCUACCACGGUUUAUCCCAAUGCCCCGUUCACUGUGUUCAAGGAUGUAGUUGUGGAUUAUCUCAAUGUGCGGGAGAAAGUCUUUCACCGGUUGCCGGAUUAUCACCUUCUUGUCCUCAAAGUCAGUCUUCGCCCGAUCAAAUGUCGGGGAGUUCGCAGACUCCGUACGUUCGACGUGGUUCGUUAACCGGUCCAAGAGUGAGAAACACACCCUCGACAAUGAUGGGUCAACUCAUGGGAGCAUUGAACAACAGCGCCGUAUUAGAUGAUCUUAAUUUAAACAUAGAAACUUUUCACGGGGGUUUCGACUGCAACGUCGACGAGGUCAUUAAACACGAGCUUUCAAUGGAUGGAAGUUUGGAUUUUAAUUUUUCACAUAAUCAGACUACGUUAGCAAGUGGUCAAACGGUCGUGACGGAUUCGAGUACCGGUCAACCGUCUAGUAAUUACUCAACAACGGUUAGUGUGACCGGACCAUCUUGGGUGCACUAA